AGAAGGGGUAUAGAAAAGCGUGUUUCAGCGGAGAGACUCACAGUUUGCAGGAGGAGCGCGGACAGGCUGCAGGUCUGCUUUCUCCCGAUCACUUUUACGCACGAACGCCGGAGCUGCCUCUUCCAGGAGAUCUCAUGUUUGCGCAAGAACGGACUGUUAUCGGGACAGUUUUAGGAAGAUAACCGUUUGGAAAAUAUUUGCUUCUUUCUUUAAUGACAGGUGCAUUUUAAGAAGUAAAUGCGCAGUUGAAAAAAGAGAACCGGAGCAAAAGAUUUUGGGAUAUUUUAUCGAGAAAACGAAACACUCGUAUCACUUGUUUUAGGUUCUUUCAAACUUAAUAUUUUGUUAUGAUUCCUGAUGGUUUUCACCAGUGAUUUUAACUUUUUGGGCAUUUUAUGAUUGUGUCUGUCAGGAGUGUCAGCCACGCGCAUUGCAACUGACAGGGGGACCGUGUGCUGCCAUCUCUGCGCACCGCAAUGGAUUUUGAGGCUGAUUUCAGAUCAAUUUGCGCACAUUAGUUUCUUUUAUUUAACAAAAGGAAGCACACGUGGACAGAGCUCGCACAGAUAGUGUUAAUCUUCUUGGAGAGCACGGUGUACGCAACCAGUCAUUUGUUGUGGAUUUGGCACUUGUGUUGCGCUUGAGAGAAACUGAGAACUGUGGAAAAGAUACUUUGGACUUCAGCUUUGUCUCUGAUAUCAAACAUAACACCACCGAGGAAGAGAAAAGGUUGUUUUUUCUCAAUAUCGGAGGAAAAAGAUGGAUUUAUUCAUAUGGCUUUGUGGAUGUUUACUGGCUUUCCUCUCGCCUUCAGCGGUCAAAGCAGAGGAAGGAGCGUCUGAAUUAUGUGGUGGCUUUUUAGAUGCUAGUGAUGCGGGCUACAUCACCACCCCCGGCUACCCGCUGGAGUACCCUCCUCACCAGAACUGCCGAUGGGUCAUCCAAGCCCCCGAGCCUUCGCAGCGCAUCGUCCUCAACUUCAACCCGCACUUUGAGAUAGAGAAACUGGACUGCAGGUAUGACUAUGUAGAGAUCCACGAUGGGAACUCGGAGACGGCUGACCUACUUGGGAAGCACUGCAGCAACAUCGCUCCUGCACCAAUCAUAUCAUCUGGGCCUUCACUCCACAUCAAGUUUGUAUCCGACUACGCCCACCAAGGGGCGGGCUUCUCACUGCGCUACGAAAUAUUCAAAACCGGUUCGGACUGUUCCCGUAACUUCACCAGUCCCACGGGUCUCAUUGAGUCCCCAGGUUUCCCUGACAAAUACCCCCACAACCUUGAGUGUUCCUUCAUCAUCAUUGUCCCGCCCAGCAUGGAUGUGACCCUCACUUUCCUCACCUUUGACCUGGAGAACGACCCCCUGCCGGGCGGAGAGGGCGAUUGCAAGUACGACUGGCUGGAAGUAUGGGACGGGCUCCCAGGAGUGGGUCCUCUGAUUGGUCGAUACUGUGGGAUCAGGGUGCCUCCUGAGAUCCAAUCGUCCACUGGGAUUCUCUCUCUGGCCUUCCACACGGACAUGGCUGUUGCUAAAGAUGGCUUCUCGGCUCGAUACAACAUGACUCACAAGGAAGUCAGUGAGACUUUCCACUGUAGUAAUGCUUUCGGUAUGGAGUCAGGAAAGAUCACAGAUGACCAGAUCACAGCCUCUACAAGUUUCUACGAUGAACACUGGCUGCCACGACAGGCCCGACUCAAUUACCAUGACAAUGGAUGGACACCCAAUGAAGACAGCAACAGGGAAUACAUACAGGUGGACCUCCAUACUUUAAAGGUGCUAACAGGCAUUGCCACCCAGGGCGCCAUUUCAAAGGAAACUGCAAAGGCUUACCAUGUCACUAACUUCAAGCUGGAGGUCAGCACCAAUGGAGAGGACUGGAUGGUCUACAGACAUGGCAAGAAUCACAAGGUUUUCCAUGCCAAUGCUGAUGCCACAGAGGUGGUUCUCAAUCGGAUCCCGCAGCCGGUCCUUGCCCGCUUCGUACGCAUUAAGCCCCAGGCGUGGAAGAACGGCAUCGCAAUGCGGUUCGAGCUCUACGGCUGUCAGAUCACGGAUGCACCCUGCUCAGAGCUGCAAGGCAUGUUGUCUGGACUGCUCCCUGACUCCCAGAUUUCUGCAUCGUCCAUGAGAGACAUCCACGGCUCCAUGGGGGCCGCCAGGCUGGUGGCCAGUCGCUCAGGCUGGUUCCCCAACCCAACACAACCCAUAGCUGGAGAAGAAUGGCUACAGGUGGACCUUGCUGUUCCUAAGACGGUGCGUGGCAUCAUUACCCAGGGUGCAAGAGGGCUGGAGGGCAGCACGAGCGCUGAGAACAGAGCAUUCGUCAGGAAGUACAAACUGGCCCACAGCUUGAACGGCAAAGACUGGACGUACAUGAUUGACGGCAAGACUGGGUUUGCUAAGAUUUUUGAAGGGAACGGCCACUAUGAUACUCCAGAGGUGCGUAGGUUUGAUGAGAUAGUGGCCCAGUACAUCAGAGUCUUUCCGGAGAGGUGGUCACCUGCUGGGAUCGGAAUGAGGAUGGAGGUCCUAGGAUGCGAACUGCCAGAAACCACCACUGUUCCUGACACUGUGACCCCCACACUGCCCAGAGUGGAACAGACCACUGCUGCAAUGAGACCUGCCACCACCCCGUCCCUGUCGGCAGUUUGCGACUUUGAGCAGAGCUUGUGCGGCUGGUCGGCUGAUCCCCAGUCAGGUGUGAGCUGGUCCCUGCACACAGCCAGCAGCAGCGCCACUGGACACGGCACACAUGGAUCGAGGCAGGAUCUGGCGCUGGGAUCAGACAUUUUCUCAGGGAACUACCUCCACCUGGAUGCAGGGGCCCACACCCAGCGCAAGCGAGCCCGGCUGCUGAGUCCCGAGGUGGGGCCGGAGAGAGGCCCGCUCUGCCUCCUUUUCUACUACCAGCUCCAGGGGGAGGCCCAGGGGAGCCUGAGGGUGCUGCUGAGGGACAGUGAGCAGGAGGAGACUCUGCUGUGGGCUCUAAAGGGAGACCAGGGGCCCCACUGGAGGGAAGGCCGCACCAUCCUGCCACAAAGCCCCAGAGAAUAUCAGGUGGCUUUCGAGGGCUUUUUUGAUCACCCGACUAGAGGACACAUCAGAAUAGAUAACAUCCACAUGAGCAACAGCAUGGAGCUGGAGCAGUGCACACAGCCUUUACCUGCCUUAACUCCUGGCAUAACCAGGGGUGCCAUGUCUGGGAUGGAGCCCACAGUAGACACAGUGGCGGUGCAGCCUGUCCCCACCUACUGGUACUAUGUGUUGGCGGGAGUCGCCGCUCUCUUACUGCUGGUGACUGUAACCGUGGUGGUGACACUGUGCUGCCAUCGGUACCACUGGGCGCCAAAGAAGACCAGCGCUGGUCACCAUCAUUCAGUGACGUACCACAACAGCCAGCAUCCCAAUCAGCAAGGUCACCAAAACUGCUACCAGAACCAAAACCUCAGCUAUAAUCUGAUCCAGAGCCCCAACCAAAACCACCUGUACCCAGCUCCUGGGCCGAGCCCAAGCCUUGACCCCAUGCUCACCAUCAAAAUGGAUAAAGACGACAGCUAUGACUCCCAGUGUUGAAAACAACUGGACACCAUGUGAAUGAUAACUUUUGAUUAGAUUACUUUGUCAACUAAAGCAACAAAGGUUGUGAAAUCUCCCUCAACAGCAGUAUUCAGCAUAAUCGGCACAGUUCACUGAUCUACAUGGAAGAAACACUGCAGUUCCUGUUGCUGAUGACUGAUCUGAUUGUCUGAUCAGCAUGCACCUUUGAUAAACUAUCUUGUUGGUCGACACUGGCAGAAUGUACUACUGACUUUACCAUCAUCAGGGAGAGUAGAUGAAAGAACUUCAAAUGCCAAUUCUGAUGGCUGAUGAGGGCCUGAUGACUUUUGUGAUGUACUUAAGAUAAUUCUGACUUCUACAGCUGCACCCCAACCUUGACUGUGGACAUAACACAAGUAGUGUACAUUGUCACUGUUGUAACAGUAUAUUUUCCUCCUCUACAAAUGUCAGAGUAGGAUAUAUCUGGCUGCAGUUUGGACACUGCCUGCCUCGGAAUAACCUUUCCGACAGAGAAGGGAUUUACACAAAGGUACAGGGAGAUAGAAGUCACAAUGUGUGCUGCAUUAAAAGAGAGAAGGCUAUUUCUCAGGGGCUGAAUGAAGCCACUGUUUAUUUGUCCACCAGCCUUUGAGAGACCGAGAGUGACAGAGACAGAUUAAGAACAGAAAAAGGGAAGAGGUACGGAUAGAAUUAGUGCUGCCCGUCCAGCCGUGACAGAUAGAAGGCUACAGAUCCACCGUGGGUGGUGAACGAGGGUCAGUGUUCUCUGUCUGGUUUACACGGGAGGGUAGAUAGGAUGAAACAGCUUAAGUUGCAUCCUGCAGACCUAGACACAAUUCCUCUCUGCAACACGCAGUCUCAAACACAUAUGCACGGACACUUCGGAAACUUUUAAGUGGCUAAUAAUUGAGUCUUGCGUGAAACCCUGAGUGCAUUUUUCAUUACAUCCUGAUAUGCCUUUCUUAAAUUGUGCUUUAAAACUAUUACCUCCUCACCUCCAGAACGAGGUUGUGCCUCAGUGUCAAAUAGGAGUAUGAAUGGACAGUUUUGCCUUGAUAUCAUAGAUAAUCCAAUGCCUGUGUCUGCUAAUGUUCAACCUGAGCAUGUCCUGCACACAUUAGACUGAAUGAAUGAAACAAAUCUAAAAUGUAUUGAGUAUCUAAAGAUGCAGUUUGAAGUCUGUGCAAGUUGAAAUUCUUUACAUCUGGUAAAUCUUUUGUUUUCUCCUUUGAUAAUUUAAUAUAUUGUGAAAAUCAUUUUUUUGUGGCUGCACAGUUUUGCUUUGAUUCCUUUCAUUCACCAUGGUCUUUGAAAAUCAAACAUAUUUCUUGAUGUCUUCUUAAUUAUCCGUCCAACUUUAUUUGUUGGCAAUUUUUCAUGAUUUCCAACGUUGACAAAUACGUUUGCAUAAAAACUUGUGUGCCAUGAUGCAUUUUUGCAAUGUCGAGAGUACCAUUAGCACUUUCCCGCUUCUUGAUAAUGAUUAUUUUGAAGGCUUUGAUGAUUCAUUCUGACAAUUUCUUACAUUUACUGUGAAUCUGAAUAUAAAAAAGUGGAGUAAUGUACUGGUUGUGAAUUGAAUAUUUUUUUCUUGCUUUGUUAUCUCAUACUAUUACAGUAUGCAUACAUGUGCUUUUUGAUGUUUAAUAGUUAUUCAAUGUUUAUUUUUAUACUCACUGGCUGUUGUUUUUAAGGCAACAGUUAUGUGGAUUGUGUUCACUGAUAUGAUCUUAACAACUUUUCUGGAUUUUUAAUUUUAUGUCAGAUACGCUCUGAAGCCAUAUGGCAACAGCAAAAACAACGUUUGUCCCUCAUUAGCACCCAUCUCGUAGCUUAAGUCGUAUACGGAUAGGAAACAGAAGAAUUGAAGUAUGUCAUGUGGAAUUCAUCAUGAAAAAACAAAUUUGUUUGGUUUUGGUUGAAGAAGAAUCAACUUUAGAUCCACUGUAGUAUUUCUCAGCAGUUCACCAUCUUAUGUUGUAGGCUACUCCUUUACAUCAUUUUGUUCAUGCACAAAUCCCCCAGCCUUUUUUGUAUUAUCAAAAACCCGCUUAUUCCUAUUCUCCUCCCUUUAUCACAAAUCCUCCCAGCAAAAAAAUAACACAGGAGAGAAAAUGAGAGGCAGAAAGGAGAGGGGAGCAAACUCUCUCAGAGGAAAAGGGCCCAUUAAGCGAGCCCCCUUUGCCUCCACAGAAUGUGCCCAGAGAUGGAAGAAGAUGAAAGAAGUAAAAAAAAAAAACAUUUCUCUAUACUUUUUCUAAAGAUAGGUUUUUCUUUUUCACUCUGAGAGGAAGGCUAACAGGGAGGCAGGUCGGGUUUGGAUUGAAGGAGGAGGGCAGGUUGUUUCAAACACAAAAGCAGAUGAAAGAAGUCUUUUGGCUGAAUAGACAGAGCGAUGGAGACAGACACAUGUUCUCGAACAAACACAAACCAGUGUUAGCAAAGAGCUCCAGCAAAUUCAGUCACUCAAAUAGUUGCCUGCAUGUUCAGAAACCAAUCUGCAGCUCUCCGUAUUGACGUGUUUCCUCAAAUUGUGUCUCGUUUUUGUAUUCUAGUUAUUUUAUGCUGGCACAUCCAUCCCCUCUGCCUGCCAUUUCAAUCGACUUGUGCAUGAUUUACACAUUGUAUGACUCACUCUAGCAGCCCUGUGCUGUAACCCAAUCAAUGUGGGUCCGAAAUUCUAAUGGAGAAAUGAUAUAUUACUGUAUUUAUGUUGUGCUACCAUUGCACUUUUUUCCCCUUUCAUUCUCCCUCCCUCCAUCAAAGUUUUUGCAAGAUUUGGAAAAUGUGCUGGCUUGUCUUCAUGCCGCACUUUUAAAUCAGCCAUCCUUCACUUUCUUCUUGCUGCUCCAUCACAGACUACUUUGAAGCCCUUUAAUAUUUCUAAUUAGUUAAUGGAGCUGAUUGCAUUCAUAAAACCCUGCAGUAAGCAUUUUUAGCCCUCAGGCCAUUUCUUUUCCUUUUUUCCCCUGCCUCUUCCUCCUCCUCUGUCUCCUGAAGAAAUAUUACGAGUGAAAGCACUCUAACAGGCGUUUGGGUCCCCGCUGCAACAGCAUUCGGUGCCAAAUAUCUAUCCAUGUCUUUUCCGGACUAAGGAAAGGCCCUCUUUUUUAUUCUUCUCUUUGUUAAUUGGAGAGUGGAGAUAAAAUGGGGCUACAGGGAGUUUUAAUCUCCUUUCAGAUCCUUGUGAUGAUUCUUCUCGGGAUCCUAGCCUGAGGGCUUUAAGCCAGGAUCAUUAGAAAGUGUUCAACAGUUGUCCAAAGAGUGUCCGUCCAACAAUCUCUCUUUUUUUUCCCCCUUAUCCCGGUUCUUUUGCUUUCUUUAAUGUUUUGUCAAGGCCUGUGGUGAUUUCAUUUGACUGCGAAAAAGGAGAAGCUAGAGCCUGGAGGGUCUGUUGUGAGACUGUACAUUAACACAACCAGAACAAAUGAGAUGCUUUCAAGUGUAUGUACGAAUGUAUAGUCUUACAUGGAGAGUACAUUUCAGCGAGACCUCCAGAACAUAAUAUAAUUUGUAGUGUGACUACUGGGAUCAGUCAUGUUUAUAAUUUUAGUAUCAAUUCUGAGUGCCUGUGCUGCUCAGUAACAGCAUAUCUUUAAAUUAAAGGUGCCCUUUUAUGCUUUUGGGGUUUUUCCUUUUCUGCAGUGUGUUGUAUAAGUUUUUGUGCAUGUAAAUGGUCUGCAAAGACUAAAAUCCCAAAGUUUCAUACAGAGGGAGUUUCUCCCCGCCCCCCCCUGCCUGAAACGCUUUGAUUGGACUCCCUAGUUUAAUUCCGUAACAUAAUGACAUCAUGUGUUACACUCAUGCUUCUAUUGGCUAGCUAGGCUAGGCAGGCCAGCUAACCAAUGAGAGCACACUGGGCUCCCGAUUGAGACAGAGUGGAAAAUAAAUUAAAAUAAAGCACUUUUUGAACAUUAAAGCAUGUAAACCUGUCACAGUAGAGGCAAAAAAUACAAAAAUGAGCAUAAUAGGGCCCCUUUAAAUAACAUGACAACCUUAUUUUGUUUUGCUGGGUGUUUCAGAAAAACAUCAUUUCAACUCAUGUUCAUAAUUUGCAGGCAACUUUGGAGUAUAGCACUUAAUGUGGGUGCAUCCACAGUUUGUUUUGUUUAGUUGUUUCUAGAAAAAUUGACCUUGAUGAUGUCAGUUCUAUUAAAUGAACCAAUGAUGUUAUUAUUGUUCUUUGAUUUGUUAUUCUAAUAAUAGUUUUUUUAUUGAUCAGAAAUAUUUUUUGUGAUGUAAAUCUGACUGAUCACUCUGAAACAUGGCCUCAACCAGGGAUGAACUUUGGUUUAAACUUAAACUGUGACUAGUUAAAUAAAACCAGCGUUGAAGUGCUUAAACAUUCAUCCCUGGGUUCAGCCACCUCACUGUUAUAUUUGCUCCUCUGCCUCUGUGAGGGAAAUAACUCGACUUUAUGAUUGUCUUUUUGACUCGUGCUGCAUUGUACUGUCUUGCACUUCAGCUGAUUAAAUAUUGAACUACAGAGAAACACACAAAGCAAAGUGGCACCCAUACACAAUCACAUAAUCAAAUAAUGAAAUAAGCAAAUUCUAAAACAUCAGAGAAAGACUACACUCCAUUUAGCAAAGGAUUUCUUGGUUUGCUGUUACAUUGGAAUUACAAUCCAAUUGAGUUUGUUUCUUUCAGUUUAUUCUAUAAUUGGGUUUGGAAGGCAAUUUUGUGUCAUUUAAAGGAUGGGAUUCACUUUUUUUUCUCAAGUAAAUUACCUCAUAUUUAAUACAUGAGCGAAUAUCUUAAUUUCACAGAUAGCAGCUGUCAUUCAGAGUAUUCAUCUUGUGUUAUUAUUUACAGAAGAAAGAGUAUUGGAAGUUCAUAACGGCUGUUUAUAGAAGACAUUGUCUGGAUGCCACCUGUUAAAAUUGUCUCAUAGGAAAAUGACCUUAUCUAACUAAGGAAAUGAGGCUCUGUAUCUUUUUUUCAUAUCUACUAAAUUAGUUUUUCACCACUUAUCUUUUGAAUAUCUAUGACGGUUUCAUUUAAUAUGUUUUGGAUCCUUUGCCCCCGCAAUAAAUGAUUUUUAGCUGCCCAGAUACUGCUCAAUUUUUUCUUUCCUGAGGACUUUAAUAUUAAUUUCAUUGAAUAAAACUGAAUUGAAGCAGAAUUGAGCUUCCAAACUCUUCAAAGCCUUGCACUUCAGCCUGCCUCAGAAAUAUAAUGUGGUAUUUUAGCUUGUUGAAUUUCAUGGUCAUGGAAUAUAAAAUAAAAUAUAUUGUGGGGAAUGUGAAGGUAAUAAAAGUGAUAUUUUUCUAUGAAA